AUUGGAUUGUAAUGCUUUUUAAACGCAUUUAACCUUAGCCAAUAUCACGUAAAAGUCAAUGUACUUAACUGUUUUACUUGACUGUUUAAGUCAGUUAUAAUCGGCUACUGUCAUAAUGAAACUGUUUUUUUUAGUUAUUCUGGCCUUUAUGCUAGUCGGGAUUGGAUGGGGAGAAAACUGCAAUAAGCCUUGCGGAAAAUGCAUCUUGCCCACCUGCAAUUAUGAUGGGAAAUGUUACUUUGAGGGAACUAGUGCUUGUGCUCUGGAAAAUGAAAAGUGCCGACGAAAGAAAAAGAAUCUUGAACCAUUCGUAAAAACCGUGGCUGGGUUCUGUGAGAUGGGCGUUAAAAUGUGUAAAUAGCUAAAUAAAAUUUAUAAAAUUCAAUUGAAUUAUAUAAAUUAAGUAUAUUUCUUUAAAGAAAUAAAUAGUUGAAAAAAUAAUAUAAUAAAU